AUGGAGAAAGGGGAAGAAUGCACAUCUACUAGGCGAUCACUGUUUUUUUCCGAAAGCAGUAAUUAUAUGGAUCCCCCAAAUGUGAGAGAUGAUGAGGUAGUGAUUGAUAAUCAUGGUGUAAUGCUGGAGAAUGAUGAUGAUGAUGUGGUUUUAGAGCCAACGCUAGGAAAUAAUGAUGAUGGAGUUUCAGAGCCAACGUCGGGAAAUGAUGAUGAUGGGGUUUCGGAACCAACACCGGGAAAUGAUGAAGAUGGGAUUUCAGAGCCAACGCCGGGGAUGUUUUUUAAAACUAAGAAAGAACUCAUUUACUACUACAAGCAAUAUGGGAGACAGGCUGGAUUUGGCAUAAUGACCCAAAGAAGUAAAAGUGAAGAUGAUGAGAGUGUUAGAUAUAUAACACUUGGGUGUGCUCGUGGUGGUAAGGCAAGGAAACGUAUUACCAACAUUUCUAAACCACGCCCGACAAUAAAGACUGAUUGUAAGGCGAGAAUUAAUGCAGUUUUGGCUGAUGGUGUCUUACGUAUAACUACUGUUUGCAAUGCACAUAACCAUGGGUUAAGUCCACAAAAAGCAAGAUUUUUUAGAUGUAAUCGAGCAAUUGAUGAUUCUGUGAAGAGGCAGUUAGAUAUUAACGACAAGGCAGGCAUAGGUAUGGCCAAAAGUUUUAACGCAUUGGUUGUCGAGGCUGGUGGUUUUGAGAAACUUCCAUUUAUUGAAAAAGAUGCAAGAAAUUAUAUAGACAAGGCUCGCCACCUUAGACUUGGCAAAGGAGGUGCUGAUGCACUUCGUGGUUAUUUUGAGAGGAUGCAGUAUAAGAAUGAUGGGUUUUACUCAUCGAUGGAUUUGGAUGAUAAUGGUCGAUUAAAAAAUGUCUUUUGGGCCGAUGCACGCAGCAGAGCAGCAUAUGAUUAUUUUGGAGAUGUUGUGACAUUUGAUACAACAUACCUAACAAAUAGAUAUGGCAUGCCAUUUGCUCCGUUUGUUGGUGUUAACCACCAUGGACAGUCAAUACUUUUGGGAGCAGGCUUGAUAUCAAGUGAAAAUACUGAAACAUUUGUUUGGUUAUUUGACACUUGGUUGAAAUGUAUGGAUGGGAGGGCGCCAAAAGCUAUCAUCACUGAUCAAGACAGGGCCAUGAAAAAUGCUAUUGCAAUAGUCUUUCCAAAUACCCGGCAUAGAUACUGUUUGUGGCACAUAAUGAGAAAACUACCAGAGAAGUUGGGCUCACAUACUGAAUUUAAGUGUGGGUUGAAAAGUGCAUUGCAGAGAUGUGUUUAUGAUUCUCAGACUUCUGACGAGUUUGAGAAGUCUUGGGAGGUUUUUAUUAACAUUUACAAUUUGAAGGAAAAUGCAUAG